GUGUCGACAAAAUACAAUAACGUAAGCUGCAGAAGCAGCGGUAUCAAGAGAUGUUUCUCGGGAGUUAAAUGUGAAAAGUAGGCAAACCAUCUGUUGAGUUUUGCCGAGUGAUAACAUUUUACUACAACUAUGUGGAUUAUGUGGACAGCUAUUCUGCUUUAUAAAGUUGUAAAUGGUCUGCGAAUCACAUACUUAGACAUUCCGAGAAGUGUUCGUUCAGGUCAAGACGUUCGACUUUGCUGCAUGUACGACUUGGAAGAAGACAGCUUGUAUUCAGUCAAGUGGUACAAAGAUGAUCUGGAAUUUUUUCGUUACGUGCCUAAAGAGAUUCCCCAAAGGCAGUUUUUUCCGUUAGACGGUAUUAACAUUGACUUUACUCACUCCAGUAAAGACGUGGUUUACAUACAAGACGUACAGAUAUCAACUGGUGGAAAGUAUAGAUGCGAGGUGUCUGCUGAUGCUCCAUCAUUUAGAACCGUCUCCACUCAAAAAGUUAUGAUAGUUAGAGAUGUGCCCUUGAUGAAAGCCCGACAGAUCUGGUGAAAGUCUACAAGUAAAUUUGAAACUGGAGGAGCUGUGCCAAGACGGUGUGACCUUAAAAUCUUGGUUACCUUAAUUCUCGCAGCCCUGCUAUUUGGAAUUGGGAUUGAAUAUGUUAAUUUAUUGGUAAUAAUAAACUAAAAAGAAAAAUAUAUUGUAUUGGCAUUACUGCAGUAUAAUUAAAACCACGAUAAAUUACAACUAACAUCAUAUUGAUUUUUUUUUUUUUAGAAAAUACAGUAUUGCUUCGUCUUGUAUAUUUGUUUUCAAAGUUGGGCUAUUAAAUCUGCCUCCAUUUAUUUCUUAUUGUUCUCAUUA